AUGUUGUGUAGCGUCCCUAGCAACGGCCCUAACAACCAGAGGUGUUCUAUCAUAGAAAACGAACUCAUAUCAAAAAGGGUCGUCAUUCGACCUGACAUGAUCUUAUUCUGUGACAAUAAGGUCACUGUUAUCGCUGAAGAUUUAUCCCCACCACUGGCAAAAGUUUUAUCUCUGUUAUCUUUGGCAAAGGCUGGGCAAUCCUCGUCUUUAAAGUACAUAGACAGGGCGAAAUGUUGUAGUGUGCAGCAGAAGUGUGGCAGAGUGAGAGCCAAAGAGAGCGUUGUCAGGGCAUCCAACAUGGCGGAAUCCGAUGCUCUUUUAUUUCUCUUCUUUCUGUGUCUCGGCGGUGUCAGCGCCGCGGCCGCCCCCCCCUGCCCGCCGUGCCGAAAUGCCCUGUGCCCUGAGCCGGCCGAUGCCUGCCGGUACGGAAUUGUGAAGGACGCCUGCUUAUGCUGCUCUGUCUGCGCCAAGGGCCCGGGCGAACUCUGCAGCCUCCCGGACGCCCCCUGCGCCGGCGACCUGUCCUGCCAGCUCGGGGUCUGCCUUCCGGAUUUCGAGGUGCUCAGCCGCCUCAUCCGCGCCGCCGACCCGCAGACCUUCGACCCGGACCGCACCCAGAGGCAUGACCACCUGCAUGACCACGAACCGCAGGACCCGGACCACGCGCGCGCCAAUGACGAUUUGCAUGACCACACGCGGGAGCUGGGGCAGUGAUGCUGGCGAGGAGGUGGAGGCUUAUUGUGGUGGUUGUGUUUAGAGUUUUAGAUGUUUAGAUGUUUUAUGAUUUUUUAAUUAUGAUUUUUAUAUGAUUCUUAUAUGAUUGUGUUUAACUUUUUAAUAUAAAGGUGUUUAGUUUUUUAUGGUUUAGUUUUUUUAAUGAUGGUGUAUAGAUUUUUUUUGUGGAGGUGAUAAUGCUUUGCUUUAUUUAUGAUGAUUAUGUUUAGUCUUUUGUGAUGAUGUUUAGGUUUUAAGGAUGUUUAGUUUUUUAUAAUAAUGUUUAGUUUUCUUAUGAUAAUGUUUAGUUUUUUAUUAUGAUAAUGUUUAAUUUUACUGAUAAUUUUUUUAUGAUAAUGUUUUGUUUUAUUUAUAAUAAUAUUCAGCCUUAUUUAUGGUAAUGACAAGA